CUCCUCACAAUAAUGGAGCCUAAAGAACUCGAGCCUUUUCCUCCUUCAACCUUGGUUAAUAGUUCAAGGUGGUGGUCAAAGGACACGGUAGCAAUAGUGACCGGAGCAAACAGAGGAAUAGGAUACGCGAUAGUAAAGAGACUCGCUGAGUUAGGGCUGACCGUGAUUCUCACAGCUCGGGACAGCGAGAGAGGGUUCAAGGCAUCCGAGACGCUAAGAUCCCAGGGUCUCAACGUUCAAUUCUCACGUCUUGAUGUGUCAGACGCGGCUUCCAUUGAAGCCUUCGUCUCAUGGUUUCGAGAGAAUUUUGCAGGUUUGAACAUUCUUGUGAAUAAUGCGGCAGUGUCGUUUAAUGAUGUUGACGAGAACUCAGUGGAGCAUGCAGAGAUGGUGGUCAAGACCAACUUUUACGGAACCAAAUUGCUCACCGAGGCCCUCGUGCCCCUUUUCCGUUGCUCCACUUCGACGAGUCGUAUACUUAACAUCAGCUCAAGGCUCGGCUCAUUCAACAAGGUUAAAAAUCCCGGUGUAAGGGAAAUGCUGCAAAGUGAGGAUCUGACGAUCGACCAAAUAGAUGCCGUUGUUGGCAAGUUUCUCGAGAAUGUGAGGAGCGGGACGUGGAAGGAGGCAGGGUGGCCAGAAGUGUGGACGGACUACGCGGUCUCGAAGGUGGCACUGAAUGCGUACUCCAAGAUUUUAGCUAAACGGUUACAGCAGAAAGGCAUAAGUGUAAAUUGCUUCUGCCCGGGUUUCACGCAAACAUCUAUGACUCGCGGGAAGGGCUCCCGAACGGCGGAUGAGGCCGCCCAGGUCGGGGUUUGGUUGGCCUUGCUCCCUCCGGAAAAUCUACCGACCGGGCAAUUCUUUGCAGGUUCCAAACCAGUUAUUAGUGCCAAGCUGUAGGGGAAAUAAAAAAAAGCUUGUACGUCUCAUUCCUCUCAUGCUUGCCAAGGAAAUAGCGGAAGAGGAACAACUAGACUAUGACUAGUUAAUAUAAUAAUAAUACGCAAAAAUUUAUGUAUCA